AUGCACCAGACACCUCAGAAGCAUGCUGACUUCUACAUAUCUUUAGCUAAUAGAAUUUUUUUUUCACUUAUAGUUUCUAACAACACGUUCGUCACUGCGCUUGCUUAUGCAACUAGCAGCAAUCCAUACUCAGUGGCAGUCGUCGAUGUCAAUGAUGACAACAAAUCUGAUAUAGUCACCGCUAACUAUGGCGCAAGUACUGUCAGUGUUCUUCUUAAUAAUGGCAAUGGAACCUUUUCUUCUCAAACUACUUAUGCAACUGGCACUCAACCACAAUCAGUGGCAGUCGUCGAUGUCAAUAAUGACAACAAACCCGAUAUAGUUACCGCUAACUAUGGUGCAAGUACUGUCAGUGUUCUUCUUAAUAAUGACAAUGGAACCUUUUAUGCUCAAACUAUUUAUGCAACUGGCACUCAACCAUACUCAGUGGCAGUCGUUGAUGUCAAUAAUGACAACAAACCUGAUAUAGUUACCGCUAACAAUGGCUCAAACAAUGCCAGUGUUCUUCUUAAUAAUGGCAAUGGAACCUUUUCUUCUCAAACUACUUAUGCAACUGGGAUUUAUCCACAAUCAGUGGCAGUCGUCGAUGUCAAUAAUGACAACAAACCUGAUAUAGUGACCGCUAACGCAGGUACAAGUACUGUCAGUAUUCUUCUUAAUAAUGGCAAUGAAAUCUUUUCUGCUCAAACUACUUAUGCAACUGGCACUCAGCCAGUAUCAGUGGCAGUCGUCGAUAUCAAUAAUGACAACAAACCCGAUAUAGUCACCGCUAACUUUGGUCCAAGUACUGUCAGUGUUCUUCGUAAUAAUGGCAAUGGAACCUUUUCUUCUCCAACUACUUAUGCAACUGGCAUUCAACCACGAUCAGUGGCAGUCGUCGAUGUCAAUAAUGACAACAGACCCGAUAUAGUUACCGCUAACUAUGGUGCACGUACCGUCAGUGUUCUUCUUAAUAAUGGCAAUGGAAUCUUUUUUUCUCAAACUAUUUAUGCAACUGGCGCUCAACCACAAUCAGUGGCAGUCGUCGAUGUCAAUAAUGACAACAAACCUGAUAUAGUCACCGCUAACGCUGGUUCAAGUACCGUCAAUGUUCUUCUUAAUAAUGGCGAUGGAACGUUUUCUUCUCAAACUAUUUAUGCAACUGGCAGUCAACCAUUCUCAGUGGCAGUCGUCGAUGUUAAUAAUGACAACAAAUCCGAUAUAGUCACCGGUAACUAUGGUGCAAGUACUGUCAGUGUUCUUUUUAAUACAGGUACUGAGACCUUUUCUUCUCAAACUACUUAUGCAACUGGCACCCAACCAUACUCAGUGGCAGUCGUCGAUGUCAAUAAUGACAACAAACCCGAUAUAGUUACCGCUAACAAUGUUGCAAACAAUGUCAGCGUUCUUCUUAAUAAUGGCAAUGGAACCUUUUCUUCUCAAACUACUUACGCAACUGGCACUCAACCACAAUCAGUGGCAGUCGUCGAUGUCAAUAAUGACAACAAACCCGAUAUAGUUACCGCUAACAAUGGCUCAAACAAUGUCAGCGUUCUUCUUAAUAAUGGCAGUGGAACCUUUUCUUCUCAAACUACUUAUGCAACUGGCUCUCAGCCACGAUCAGUGGCAGUCGUCGAUGUCAAUAAUGACAACAAACCCGAUAUAGUUACCGCUAACUAUGGUGCAAACAAUGUCAGUGUUCUUCUUAAUGAUGGCAAUGGUACCUUUCUUUCGCAAGCAACUUAUGCAACUGGUACUCAACCACGAUCGGUGGCAGUCGUCGAUGUCAAUGAUGACAACAAACCUGAUAUAGUCACCGCUAACUAUGGUGCAAGUACUGUCAAUGUUCUUCUUAAUAAUGGCAAUGGAACCUUUCGUUCUCAAACUACUUAUGCUACUGGGAUUUAUCCACAAUCAGUGGCAGUCGUCGAUGUCAAUAAUGACAACAAACCCGAUAUAGUCACCGCUAGCUAUGGUGCAAGUACUGUCAGUGUUCUUUUUAAUACAGGUGCUGAGACCUUUUAUGCUCAAACUACUUAUUUAACUGGCAGUCAACCAUGCUCAGUGGCAGUCGUCGAUGUCAAUAAUGACAACAAACCCGAUAUAGUUACCGCUAACUAUGGUGCAAACAGUGUCGGUGUUAGCUUACACUGCUAA